AUGGCUGAAGGGCACAUGCAUGCUUCUGUAGUCAGCCUGCUGCAGCCAGCAGCCAGUGGUUUAACACGUCUAUUUUCUUUUCUCUUCUUCUUUUCUUCUUUUUCUCUUCUUUGGUUCUCUUUGCUACCCCCUUCGACGUGCCCCGUCUUCGCAUGCCACUCCGACCCCCCCUCCACGCACGGCACCUCGUCGCGACUCGACAACGACUUGGACUUGACUGCGCUCUUUGCGCCAGGUAGUCCCGGACUCUCAUCGCCGGUCGACUCUUGCGUCGCAGAAGACGCCGCGAUUUACUGGUUCAUUGUGCACUUUUUGCGCGCGCAUUCGAACCCCCACGAGCUGAUUCCCGCUCCCAUUACAUCAUCAACCAAGUCCAUCCGAGCGCGACGCGCCAGCGAGCAGGACGAAACGAACAAGGGCGCAUCUUUAACCUCGACCAAAAGAACCGACCGACGUAUACUACGACCUUAUCACGAGAAUAGAUUUACCCAUAGUCGCAGCCAUGCCUGCCCUCCCUUCUCGACGCGCGCCGUCGCAACCCCCCGCGACGCCAGCAUCAGCAUCGCCAACCUCACACCCGCCGCCGGCGCCGCCGGCGCCCCGCCGGCCCCGCCACUGCCGACCAUAUCGAGCCCCAUACCCGACACCACCACCACUACCAAGAUCAUCGUCCGUGCCCCUCAGAGCACCCCCGGCUUCCAAGCUAUCCCCUCCACCUACCAGGGGCAGGACUCCUCCCUGCCCCCCGCCACCGUCGCCGGCAUCGUCCUCGGCUCCGUCGGCGGCUUCCUCCUCCUCCUCGCCCUCCUCUACUCGUGCACCGGCUGGACCCCCGUCUUCAUCCCGUGGUCCCCCUGGCGGAAGCGCACCGUCGUCGUCGAAGAACACCGCCACAAGGACCACCACCGCCGCCGCCGCCGCCGCCGACGCAGCAGCCGCGGCACCCGCACGGAGACGGAGAUGUUCGAGGUCCGCCGCACGACCAGUGGUAGUGGCAGGCCACCCCACGUUCGCGGCGUGCCCGUGGCGCCGCAGCCGCCGCCCCCGCCGCACGUCAUGAUGCCGGGAGUACGGGUGUCCCAGUCGACGACGCGGCACGGCCCGCCGUCGCGGGGGCGUGCUGGGCGCUUUGACGAUGCGACGACGGCGACGGAGACGGAUAUGACGGAGGAGGAGGAUGAGGUUGUCGUCAUCGAGGAGCACUCGCCGCCCAGACACAAGUCGUCGCGCAGGAGCUCCCGGCCGAGGAGCUACGACUCGCGGCGCGACAGCAGACGUUAUGAUCGCCGCUAG